AACGACAACUCGACAACGACAUCUACGACAAAGUCAUCAAUCCCUCGAGAUGGCUUCCCGUCCUACUGUCAGCAUCCUGUCCGCCGAUGGCUCUGCCAGUGGUGCGACUCACCCUCUCCCAAAGGUGUUCCUCUCGCCCAUCCGACCCGAUAUAGUCCAAACCGUCCACACCGGAAUGGCCAAGAAUAAGCGUCAACCAUAUGCCGUGAGCGAGAAGGCUGGUCACCAAACUUCUGCUGAGUCCUGGGGUACUGGUCGCGCUGUUGCCCGUAUUCCCCGUGUCUCUGGAGGAGGAACCCACCGUGCUGGACAAGCUGCUUUCGGCAACAUGUGCAGAUCUGGUCGUAUGUUCGCACCCACCAAGGUCUGGAGAAAGUGGCACCAAAAGAUCAACCUUGGCCAGAAGCGAUACGCUACCGUUUCCGCCUUGGCCGCAUCCUCCGUCCCAGCUCUCCUGAUGGCUCGUGGUCACCAAGUGUCCACCGUCCCCGAAGUCCCCCUCGUCAUCAACUCCUCGGUCUUCGAAGGUGCCGCGAUUGCAAAGACCUCCGGUGCUCUCGCCCUUCUCAAGUCAGUUGGUGCAUCCGCAGACGUCGACAAGGUCAAGAAGUCCCGCAAGCUGCGUGCAGGAAAGGGCAAGCUCCGAGGACGCCGCCACCGCCAACGCCGUGGACCCCUCGUUGUCUACGACCCCGAGGUUGAUGGAAAAGAGCUCGCCCGCGCAUUCCGCAACAUCGCCGGUGUCGAGACCUCCUCCGUCUUCGCCCUGAACCUCUUGCAACUUGCACCAGGUGGACACCUCGGCCGCUUCAUCAUCUGGACCUCCGCUGCCUUCAAGGCUCUCGACACCAUCUACGGUAGCACGACCGUCCCCUCAGGCCUGAAGAAGGACUUCCUCCUCCCCUCGCCCUCCGUCACACAAGCUGAUGUCGGCCGCCUGAUCAAUUCCUCCGAACUGCAAGCCGUGAUCCGCGCUGCAAUCGGCCAAUCGAGAACCAAGCGCGCAGGCGUUCAGAAGAAGAACCCGCUGCAAAACAAGCAAGUUCUUCUCCGACUCAACCCAUACGCUGCUGGUUACUCCAAGGAGAAGAUUGGCACGAAGGGAUUGGAUGCCGGCAAGCCGGAGCGAGCUGCUAAGACGCCGUUCGCGAAGGUCUUGAAGGAGGAUUAGAGUGGUGCGGCUCUGGUUCUUUUCGGCGCUUUUUCGUUUUGUUAGGAAGGGAAGGGUUGCAUGAUGGUUGUGCUAUGGUGGCGCUUUCGUCUGAAUGGCAAGUUAAGCUG